GCCGGGAAGAGGAUGUACUCAGUGUGUAUGUGUGAGUGAGUGUUCUGCACACAGGAAGAGGUGGCGCGACUGUUUUCGACUGAAGUGUGUGAUGUGUGAUCCGGGGGGAGCCGCCUGAAAGCAACAACAAGGCCGAGAUAUUGUAGCCUGUAGCGCAGCCCUCGCCAACACACCCCACGCUGGCAAGGUGGGCUCUGCACUGACUGGAGACUCCAUGUAGCGGCGCGGCCCCAGGCACAAGAUGGCGGAUCUUUCGCUGUUCCAGGAGGAUGUGCAGGAGGAAAUAGAUGGAUUUGGUGUGGAUGACUACAACUCAGAGUCUGAUGUGAUUAUUAUACCUUCAGCCCUCGACUUUGUCUCGCAAGAUGAAAUGUUGACCCCCCUUGGAAGAUUGGACAAAUACGCUUCAAGUGAGAAUAUAUUUAACAGACAAAUGGUUGCCCGAAGUCUGCUGGAUACCUUGAAAGAAGUCCGUGAAGAUGAGAAGGAUUGUAUUGCUGUUUUAGAAAGAGUAACAAAGUUGUCAGAGGAUUCAGAGCCCACUGUGCGUGCUGAACUUAUGGAACAAGUGCCUCACCUUGCAAUGUUUUGCCAAGAGAACCGACCUUCUAUUCCACAUGCUUUUUCCAAAUACCUUCUGCCUAUUGUAGUUCGAUACCUUGCUGACCAGAAUAAUCAGGUUCGAAAGACUAGCCAAGCAGCUUUGUUGGUGUUGCUUGAACAGGAGCUUAUAGAGAGGUCUGAUGUUGAGAGUAAAGUGUGCCCUGUCCUAAUUGAGCUUACUGCCCCUGAUAGCAAUGAUGAUGUCAAGACUGAAGCCGUGGCAAUUAUGUGUAAAAUGGCAUCAAUGGUGGGAAAAGAUAUCACCGAGAGGCUGAUCCUCCCACGAUUCUGUGAAAUGUGCUGUGACUGCCGAAUGUUUCAUGUUCGAAAGGUUUGUGCAGCCAAUUUUGGCGAUAUUAGCAGUGUUGUUGGGCAGGAAGCAACUGAGAAAAUGCUGUUACCGCGGUUUUUCCAACUGUGUUCUGAUAAUGUUUGGGGUGUCCGGAAAGCCUGUGCUGAAUGCUUCAUGGCUGUUUCCUGUGCGACGUCUCAAGAACUCCGUCGAACCAAGUUGUCUGCUCUCUUUAUUAACCUAAUUAGUGACCCUUCCAGAUGGGUCCGCCAAGCUGCCUUUCAGUCCCUAGGACCCUUUAUAUCCACAUUUGCAAACCCAUCCAGUUAUGGACAGUAUUUCAAGGAAGAAGAAUGUACAAACAACAUGAAUGAAAAAUCAAGUGAAGCAGUUGAGAGUAAUUCAAAUCAGGUCAUGGAUACGACCGAUGAGAGUGUUUCUGUGGAUGCUGACAUUACAACAGAAGACAGUGUUGCAAGCAAUAGCCUUGUUAAUUUUAGUGUGCAGUUAGAAGCAGACACAGAAGAUGAAUCAGAUAGAGCUUCAAAGGGCACUGUUAACCAGCAUGACAUUCUUUCACUUUGCACUUUGCCUUUGGAGUCUACAGUUGAAUCAGAGCAGAACUGUCCUGGCACACAGGCACAUAUAUUGGCAGAUUUAGAGACUGGAAACCGCACUAUUAGUGAGCAAGAGUUAUACAACUCAUUCCAUUAUUGGAGGACUCCCAUCCCUGAUAUUGAUAUCGAUUUGGAGUUGCGGCAGUCAGAAAGUGAAGUGUGCAGCCCUGAAAGACUAGUUCUGAAAGAAUCCUCUUUAGGGUCUCCCAAUAUCACAAUGGCUACCAGGAAGGAGCUGGAAGAGAUGAUAGAAAAUCUGGAACCACAUAUAGAUGAUCCUGAUGUUAAAGCACAAGUUGAUGUCCUUACUGCUGCCCUUAAAGCAUCCAGCCUAGGAACUCAGGAAGAAUCUAAACUGUCUUUCUUAAACAUGGAAAUAGGAUAUCACCAUGGUCUGACUGAGCCAGGAAAGAUAAACUGUAAGAUCUCCCGGGAUGACUCUGCUCCUCUUAUAAGUGAUUCUGUUGAGUGCAUUCAGUCCACAUUGCGCUACAUCCAUAACGAUGCUGACUUAAGCACCAGAAGCACUUUCAGCCCCCGUGAGGAGAAAAAGUCGAAAGUACAAGAUGUUGUACCUCAAGCCUUACUGGAUCAGUAUUUAUCCAUGACUGACCCAUCCCGCGCUCAGACUGUUGAUACAGAGAUUGCCAAACAUUGUGCCUAUAGCAUUCCAGGAGUAGCUCUCACAUUAGGCAGGCACAACUGGCACUGUCUGAGAGAUACUUAUGAGACACUGGCAGCUGACAUGCAGUGGAAAGUGCGGAGAACUCUUGCUUUCUCAAUUCAUGAGCUUGCAUUAAUACUUGGUGGUUCCCUGACUGCUGCUGACUUGUUACCCAUCUUCAAUGGAUUUCUGAAAGAUCUGGAUGAAGUUAGAAUAGGCGUCCUUAAGCAUUUAUACGACUUUCUAAAGCUUCUCCAGCAAGACAAAAGGAGGGAGUAUCUUUAUCAACUGCAAGAGUUCCUGGUCACUGAUAAUGUCAGGAAUUGGCGCUUUAGAGCAGAACUAGCAGAGCAGCUGAUUCUGCUUCUUGAACUGUACAGUGCAAGAGAUAUUAAUGAUUACUUACUGCCAAUUGCUGUAAAUUUGUGUAAAGACAGAAUCUCUUCUGUUCGUUGGAUUUCCUAUAAGCUGGUGAGUGAAAUGGUGAAGAAAUUAUACCAGGCUUCCAACCCCUUGCUACUUUUAGACCUUUUGAAUAAACUCGUGGAGCAGUUUUGUCAAAGUCCUAAAUGGUCUGGACGGCAAACAUUUGUUUUCAUUUGCCAGGCUCUUAUUGAAGGUGAUUGCCUUCCCAUGGAGCAGUUUGCUAUUCAUGUAAUGCCUCAUCUGCUGCAUUUAGCUUCAGACAGAGUUCCCAAUGUGAGAGUUCUCCUUGCAAAGACCUUGAAGCAGACCCUUCUGGAAAAAGAAUACUUCCUGACCUCUGCCAACUCUCACCAGGAAGCAGUGGAACAGACCAUUAUGGCUCUACAGAUGGAUCCUGACAGCGAUGUGAAAUACUUUGCCAGUAUACACCCUGCUAGCACCAAACAUACCGACGAUGCCCUGAGCACAGCCUCUUCCACGUACUAACCUGCUCCCCUUUCCACGAAAGGCCUUCUUACACUUUAAACACAAGACAGCAUCAUCACUGUCCUUUUGCUUUCUUUCCCUACUCCAUGCGGGGAGGGAAGAGUAACUACAGACUCUCAGAGGAUUGCCACCAAAGCCUUAAAUCUUCUGUCUUCCUGAGAUAUCAUGAAACUUGAAUUGGUGGAUGGGUUCAUUUAAAAUUUGCUAUUCCUUUUAGCCUACAGUUUGCUAGGUUCCUUUUUCUUUCAAUGCUAAAAUUAACACUUAAAGGGGAUGUUCCCUUUAAGUUUUCUUUUAGUAUGAUGUAGAGAGUGAUACUUCGAGACAAAUUGCAAUUGGUUUUCAUGUUUUAUUAUUUGUGGUUUUUGAGUUAUUUAGCUUUUUAUUCGGCAUCUCUCCAGUUUGCAGGUUGUUAUCUGUUUGCUAGAAUCCAAAUUGCCUUGGCAACCAUACAUUGAUUUAAAUAAAAGGCUGAAAUAGGAAUAGGAGAGGCCCUGAAUAGAAAGACUAGUAAUAAAAAAUACCAAUAACAACAAAGUGUAGCCUUACAGAGCAUUUGUUUUUAGAUGGGGUCAGUGACCCCCAUUUUAAAGCUGGAGAGAGUCUGAAGAAGAAGGCAAAUCAUUCAAAAACUAUAAUAAAAUAAAUAAAUAAUGUGGACCAAUUAAAAAGUAUUCUAUAACAUACUGAAAGGUGAACCAUCCCUUUAAGGCAUAGCCAAUAUAGGAACAUCGUUUACAGUGCUGUGCUGACUAGCAGGGAAUAUGUUUAUGCUGAAGAUGAGCUGCAAGAAUUUAUAAUUGCCGACUAAAAAAUGCCUCAAACUGCAGUGACUCCCUGUAAUCUUCCUCCAAACCAUUGUAAACCAUUUCCAGUAUUGGGUGCAAAUGGGGUUUUAUUAGAGGUAUUAUUCCCCUGUUUCUUAAUGUGUGAUUUUUUUUUUUUUUUUUGGGAUGUGUGUAAAAACAUGAGAGAGGACAGGAGUGGUAUUUUCCUUUAAGGGCUCCGUGCUAACACUACAUUAGAAACUGCUUUUAAUUCUUUAAUGCAGCAUAUUGCUGUACGUAUUGGCAGGCAACGUUGCUGUGAAGCGCCUCUGCUCUAAUUCCUUUUCAUGCUGGAAAUCGAUUAGUUCAAGGGCUUCAAGUCAGGUUUUUUUAACUUGAUCCCGUUCAGCUGUGAGGGGCAUCACUUGCAGUCUCCAUGUACAUAUCUGCCUGUGCUCCCUGCAGUGCCGCACUCUUUCAUCAUGUUGGAAUACAAGUAGAUUUGCUUGUCUGAAUAAAAUUGAAUACGUUUCAAUACA